UUGCAUUUUGCACUGGUUUCUCUUGACCACCCGCUCCCCCCCCACCCUACUCGGCUGCUCGCUUCCCUCGCUUCCGCUCACAAUUGAGCUCGGACGUAGUGGUGUAGCGGCGGCCGUGGAGUUUCUCGCUUACACAGGAAAUGGCGGUUAUCAAAGACUUCGAUGAGUUCGUGGGAGUUCAUGGCAUCCUUUUGGCUUCAUCGGGCAUUCCUUCAUGCCUCUACCACGAACUUUUCCUCAAGCUAUCUUCCGACAGGUUCGACGGUGGAAAUUUUUUCGAGAUCGAGUCAUGCGAAGACGGACGACAGAGGCGUCUCAUCCUCUCCUCAGAGUCGAUGAACAAAGACUCACACGUGUUCCUAGUAGAUCAUGCCUGGAGCUUCCGUCUUCCAGAUGCCCGUAAGCAGUUGCAAGAUGUCCAAGGAUUAGCUGAGAGGAUGGCUGUAUUGAUGUGUGUAGCUGAGGGUUCGGUCUCAACUUCUGCAGCAUUGAACAAUGAAGCAAAGGAACUGGAAGAUGGCAUUCCCAUAGAUAAUCCUAUGGAUGUUGUAAUGAGGAAAUUUGAUGAGUCCAGGGAAGGGGGUGAAGUUGUUCGAUGGCUGGAGCUCGAGGAGCUUGAUAUAGAUGACACUAUGUUGCUUUCAUUUGAUAUUCCUUCUAAGUUUCCGGACCUCCUUGCGCUCAACUUGUGGGGAAAUAAGAUCCAGAAUGUGGAAACUGUGAUCAAUGAAAUAACAAAGUGUAGAAGGCUGAGAGCAGUUUGGUUGAAUGAAAACCCGGUGGUUCAGAACUGUGGGGAUACAAUCAUGGAUCUGCUUCUGCAAGGUUUACCGGACUUGGAAAUCUAUAACUCAAAAUUCACCAGAAACUACACUGAGUGGGCUGUUGGCUUUGCUGCUGGAGUAUAUGGAUCUGAAAGGCCCUGUCUUGAUAAUGUUACAGAUCAGCUGGUGGACAUCACCAAUCUCGAUUUAUCAAAUAGAUGCAUCCACUGGCUAUCUAAUAAGGUUUUUAGUCCCACAGCAAUGCCUUUGCUCCAAAAUUUGAAUAUUCGAGGGAACCCUUUGGACGAGGGUUCUUCUCCUGACUUAUUUAAGCUCCUAAGAGGUUUCAACUGUUUGCAGUCGUUGGAGGUGGAUAUUCCUGGUCCUUUGGGGAGGAAUGCAGUUGAAAUUAUUGAAUCACUUCCUCUGUUAUCCUCACUGAAUGGCACACCAGCAUCAAAAAUCACUGAAGAUGAAAAAGAGAUUGUUGAUUCAAUCCUUGAACCUCGUCUCCUUGAAUGGGAUGCUGGAGAACCACUUAUAGAACGUGUUAUGAGUGCGAUGUGGUUUUACAUGAUGACAUAUAGACUUGCUGAUGAACAGAAGAUUGAUGAAACUCCAGUAUGGUAUGUUAUGGAUGAACUUGGAUCAGCUUUGAGGCACAGUGAUGAGCCAAAUUUCAGAAUAGCUCCUUUCCUCUACAUGCCUGAGGGUAAACUAGCAUCAGCAAUAAGUUUUUCUCUUUUGUGGCCGAUAAAAAAUGUUCGUCAGGGAGAUGAAUGCACCCGUGAUUUCUUAUUUGGAAUAGGAGAAGAUAAGCAACGAUCUGCUAGGCUCACUGCUUGGUUUUGUACCCCACAGGGGUAUUUUAUACAGAAGUAUAAGAAGUAUGUCCAUCUACUUGAGUCAACCAGAUUUUGUCGACCUCUCUUAGAGGCACCUGUGACAAACAGUAUACUGCCAAGUGAUGGUCGUGCACUUCAUGUAUACACUGAUAUACCCCAAGUUGAUGAAUUUCUGACUCGCAAAGAAUUCGUGCUGACUAAUGACCCUAAAGAUGCUGACAUUAUUUGGACUAGCUUUCAAGUGGAUGAAGAAAUAAAGAAUACCAUCGGAAUCAAAGACCAUCAGUACAUAAACCAGUUCCCUUUUGAAGCUUGUCUGGUCAUGAAACACCAUUUGGCCGAGACAAUUCACAAGGCACAUGGUUUACCAGAAUGGCUGCAGCCUACUUAUAACUUGGAAGCACAACUCUCUGAACUCAUUGGUGAUUACCAUAUCAGAAAAAAUGAAGGCUUUGACAAUCUGUGGAUUUUAAAACCAUGGAAUAUGGCUCGAACAAUUGAUACCACUGUUACGGGAGAGCUACCUGCUAUAAUCAGGCUAAUGGAAACUGGCCCAAAGAUAUGUCAGAAGUAUAUUGAGCAUCCAGCGUUAUUUAAGGGAAGAAAAUUUGAUCUCCGCUAUAUUGUCUUGGUCCGCAGUAUGAGGCCAUUGGAGAUUUUUCUUUCUGACGUUUUCUGGGUCAGACUUGCGAAUAACAUCUAUACACUUGACAAAAGCAGUUUUUUUGAGUAUGAAACUCAUUUCACUGUCAUGAAUUAUAUUGGAAGACUGAAUCACAUGGCUACCCCAGAAUUUGUUAUGGAGUUUGAGAAAGAGCAUCAAGUAAAAUGGCUAGAUAUUCAUCAGAGAACCUGCAACAUGAUUCGAGAAGUAUUUGAAUCAGCCGUUGUGGUCCAUCCAGAAAUGCAUUGUUCAUCUUCAAGGGCAAUUUAUGGUGUAGACGUGAUGCUUGAUUCCUCUUUCCAGCCAAAACUGUUGGAGGUUACUUACUGCCCAGACUGUACUAGAGCGUGCAAGUAUGACACACAAGCAGUUGUUGGCAGUCGCAAACAUAUUAAAGGGCGUGAUUUUUUUAACGACGUUUUCGGUUGUCUGUUUCUGGGAGAAAGUACGAGCUGUACACAGCUUUAACCAACCUAAGCAGCUGGCCAUAAGGCGAUAAACCUUGACUUCAUAUUGGACGGGGAAGCUCCCAAUCACGUCCUGCAAUUUUCAAGUGAGGCGCCAAUUUGAGUACUCUUGGUCGAAGCUAUUGGAAAUGUGGAAAGGUGGAGAC